AUGAAAAUAAAAAGUAUAUUUUUAAUUGUAUUAAUUUUUAUUGGUUUAAUUGGUGUUUUAACAAAAAGUGUUACUGUUAAGUUAUCAAUUAAUAAAAUUAGUGAAACUGAUAAUUGGGGACCACCAGAAACAAGUGGAAUGAAUUAUUUUCACGUGUCAAAUACCAAUGAAUUUUCAGUUGUUAAAAAAAUAACACCUGCUGAGAAUGAGAUAUUACAAGAAACUUGUGGUUAUGUUAAGAGAAACCAUUUAGAACCAGAUGAAAUACCGGAAGACGAGGAUAUUAAUAUUUUAUCUAAAAGAAAUAUAUUUAAUGGUACUGAUUUUGAAAGAAGAGGUGGUUUUAAUGCUAUUGCAUAUGCUAAAGGUAAAGUUCCUGAAGGAACUGCUCCAUGGGCUGUUGCUAUAGGAAUGAGAUAUUCUGCAUCUUGUACGGGAUCAAUAAUAUCACCAUAUCAUGUUUUAACAGCAGCACAUUGUUUAUUUAAAUAUAAAAUGGCUACCACAAAUUGUGUUGGAGAAAAAAUAAUUAAUUUAGAUAUUAAUACAAGAAUAUAUUAUGGUGGUACAUGUUUAAAAAAAUCAGUUGAUAUGUUAUGUAAAACGGCUACUGUUAAAGAAAAAAGAAUUAGACGAGUAAGUUAUAAUUAUGUAUAUCAUCUUAAUCUUUGUGGUUAUGGUUCUGAUGUUGCUAUAAUAGAAGUAGAAUCACCAUUUAAAUUUGAUGAAAUGACACAACCAAUAUGCCUACCAUCACCAUUAUUUGAUGAGAAAGUUAAUAUAGGUCCAAAGGAAAUAAUUCAUAAUCUUGGUUUUGGUAAAACGGAAUUAAAUAUGACAUCAGUAUAUUUAAGAAGAGGAAAAAGUUUGUUAUGUGAUGAAAAUGCAGAAUCUAAUAAUGUAAAAACUGUUUUUAGUAAUGGAAUUUUAUGUAUGAGAUCUUGUAACACCAGUGAUAAUAUUGAUUGUUUUGGAUUUGAUAAUAUGAGAACUGGUAUUUGUAAAGGUGAUUCUGGUGGACCUGAUUAUAUAAGAAUGAAUAAUGUUACCAAUCCAAAUGACCAAAGAUAUAUGAUUAUUGGUAUUCAUUCUUCUGGUAAUGAAUGUACACCAGAAGAUUUGAAAGCAAAAGUUUAUCACAAUUCUGUUAAAGUUUCUUAUCAUGUAAAAGAAAUUUGUUGGUUAACAGGAAUCUGUCCAGAAUCUAAAAAGAAUCAAUAA